AUUAUCAAUUGCAACUAUCCGAAUAUAUAUAUUAAACAAAUAAAUGUAUUGAUCCUCUUUAACAACGGACCAGUUUGUACUAAAAAUUCCGGUAGUGCAGUUCCUAACCAGACGAAAAAAUGAAAUUUGUAUUACUUGCUGUAAUUAUUUCGGUCCUGUCAUAUCAGGCUAUUGUCGAGACCAAAUAUCUCCCAGUAAAGUCCAGAUUCGAACGCUUCGAACCAUUGAAACAAGGUAUUGCUCUUGAAUCCCAAUCCGACGAUAACACAAAAAACACAAGUGCUGCUCCUGAACCCCAACCCGACGAUCACUCAAAAAGCACAAGUGCUGCUCCUGAACCCCAACCCGACGAUCACUCAAAAAGCACAAGUGCUGCUCCUGAACCCCAACCCGACGAUCACUCAAAAAGCACAAGUGCUGCUCCUGAACCCCAACCCGACGAUCACUCAAAAAGCACAAGUGCUGCUCCUGAACCCCAACCCGACGAUCACUCAAAAAGCACAAGUGCUGCUCCUGAACCCCAACCCGACGAUCACUCAAAAAGCACAAGUGCUGCUCCUGAACCCCAACCCGACGAUCACUCAAAAAGCACAAGUGCUGCUCCUGAACCCCAACCCGACGAUCACUCAAAAAGCACAAGUGCUGCUCCUGAACCCCAACCCGACGAUCACUCAAAAAGCACAAGUGCUGCUCCUGAACCCCAACCCGACGAUCACUCAAAAAGCACAAGUGCUGCUCCUGAACCCCAACCCGACGAUCACUCAAAAAGCACAAGUGUUGCUACUGAACCACAACCCAAUCCAACAAAAAGCACAAGUGUUGCUACUGAACCCCAACCCAAUCCCACAAAAAGCACAAGUGCUGCUAGUACAACGACAACAUCCAAACCCGAUCCCGGACACAGCUCAAGUACUUCUCAGACUCCAACCUCAAUACAACCUGAAUCUACAACUUCAAGUGCGUCAAUUUUGGAAUACACUCAAAGAAUAUUUUUGAUAAGUGUUGCAGCUUUCCUGUUUUAUUAAUUUAACUACAUAAUACUUGAACAUCUAUAUCAGGGGUUCCCAACCUUCUAGCAACUGCGUACCACUUGAAAUAUUUCGAAGAUUUUGGCGUACCACCAAAUACCGGGGGAAGGAGGCAUAAAGUGGAAGGAAGCUCCUCCUGAUCCUACUUUUUUAGAAAUAAUAUAUUUAUUCUCAGAAACAUGUCUAUUGGUUUGUUUCAUUUUAAUUAAAUAACUAAUAUAACUUUA